AUGCGGAAUGCCUUGAAUGCAUUGGUCGAUACCGUCAAGGAUCCAGAAGCCCAAGCCAAGUUUGAAAACGAGAUGGAUUCAUUUUUCGCCUUGUUUAGACGGUAUUUGACCGAUAAGGCGUCGGGAACCACUCUUGAUUGGGACAAAAUCAAGUCGCCAAGUGAGAGUGAGGUUGUGCUGUAUGACUCUCUCAAAUCGGAAACUGCCGACAAUUUGAGCAAAUUGGCAGUGCUCAAGUUGAACGGAGGAUUGGGUACGUCUAUGGGCUGUGUGGGUCCCAAAUCGGUCAUUGAAGUAAGAGAUGGCAACACAUUUUUGGAUUUGUCGGUGAGACAAAUCGAGCAUCUUAAUCGUAAAUACGAUUCUGAUGUUCCUCUCUUGUUGAUGAACUCGUUUAACACCGAUGCCGACACCGCCAAGAUCAUCAAGAAGUACCAGGGCCACAGAAUCAGAGUGAGAACCUUCAACCAAUCGAGAUUUCCUCGUAUUUUUAAGGACUCGUUGUUGCCGGUUCCCGAGUCGUUUGACGACGAAUUGGACGGUUGGUACCCCCCAGGUCACGGAGACUUGUACGAGGCAUUGAUCUCAUCAGGUGAAUUGGACUCGCUUUUGGCCCAGGGAAGAGAAAUUUUGUUUGUGUCCAAUGGUGAUAAUUUAGGAGCCACUGUCGACACCAAGAUUUUGGACCACAUGAUCGAAACCGGAGCAGAGUAUCUCAUGGAAUUGACCGACAAAACCAGAGCCGAUGUUAAGGGAGGAACUUUGAUCAAUUAUGAUGGCCAAGUUCGGUUGUUGGAAAUUGCUCAGGUACCCAAGGAGCACGUUGAAGAUUUCAAGUCGAUCAAAAUAAUUCAAGUACUUCAACACCAACAACUUGUGGAUCAACUUGAAGGCCGUUAA